CCCGUAAACCGUCCGUCCCCCACGAACCUCAGGGGAGCCCACAUUGGUAAGCAAGGGCCAGCCCAGAGCCAGGGGGAAGUCUCCAGAUCUUGCUGAGCCGGCAUCUGGGCUACCUCACCUCAGCCGCCGUGCCGCCGCCGCAGAAGCAGCGGUUGUUUGUUUGUUUGUUUAUUUAUUUAUCGGGUGCGAGGAGGCAAAGUGUGGCAGGAGCCGCAGUGCAACAGCAGCCGCCGUCGCCGCCGCAGCAGCCGCCGCCGCGUGGCCCAUCCUGCAAGAAAAGUCCAAGUGGCCAAAGACUGGUGGAGCUCCAUCUCGUAGCCUGUCUCUCUUUCCCCUCCGCCCCCCCCCCACACUACUACUCUACCCACCCACACGUGCGAGGAGGCCCGGACUCUCCUCCUGCCUUCCGGGAGCCAGUCCGAUUUACUCCUUUGCCUGGUUUCCUACCCCACCCACCCCGCCCAAUGACUAGCCCCCUUCCCCAUUUCCUUUCCUUUCUCCAGCCAGGACUCCCUCCGGCCCGGCCCUUCCCCGUUUUAUUUUCUUGACUUCCCCUGCUUCAUCCUUGCCGUCUCCUGGCCCGGGAGCUGUCCACUUCAGCACCACUCGCACCCAUGUGCUAACUCUAUCCCAGGAGCUGUCCACUUCAGCACCGCUGGCACCGAUGAGCUAACUCUAUCCCAGGAGCUGUCCACUUCAGCACCGCUGGCACCGAUGAGCUAACUCUAUCCCAGGAACUGUCCACUUCAGCACCGCUGGCACCGAUGAGCUAACUCUAUCCCAGGAGCUGUCCACUUCAGCACCGCUGGCACGAUGAGCUAACUCUAUCCCAGGAACUGUCCACUUCAGCACCGCUGGCACCGAUGUGCUAGCUCUAUCCCAGGAACUGUCCACUUCAGCACCACUCGCACCGAUGUGCUAGCUCUAUCCCAGGAGCUGUCCACUUCAGCACCACCCGCACCCAUGUGCUAACUCCUACCCCGGAUUUCUUGUUAUCUCUGAAGUCCUCCUCCCUCCAUCACUCACUGGCCGGCUCUGGGAGGGGACUCCUCCUGCCUUGGGCCCCAACUCUCCGUCUCCCAUCAUGACUGUCCUGGUUGGGGACAACCUGGAUGAAACCUUGGCUUUGCCAGGCCACCCUCAGGACAGCUACCGGCCAGGGUCUCACGAGGACCACGAGUGCUGUGAGCGGGUGGUGAUUAACAUUGCUGGCCUGAGGUUCGAGACGCAGCUGAAAACCCUGGCUCAGUUCCCCAACACUUUGCUGGGGAACCCCAAGAAACGCAUGCGGUACUUUGACCCACUGAGGAACGAGUAUUUCUUUGACCGGAAUCGCCCCAGCUUCGAUGCCAUCCUCUAUUACUACCAGUCUGGGGGACGGCUUCGCCGGCCAGUGAAUGUUCCUUUGGACAUGUUCUCCGAGGAGAUCAAGUUCUAUGAACUGGGGGAGGAGGCCAUGGAGAAAUUUCGAGAGGAUGAAGGCUUUAUUAAGGAGGAAGAGAGGCCCUUACCUGAGAAGGAAUAUCAAAGACAGAUUUGGCUGCUCUUCGAAUACCCGGAGAGCUCCGGGGCAGCUCGGGUGAUUGCCAUCAUCUCCGUCAUGGUGAUCUUAAUCUCCAUCGUAAUCUUUUGCUUGGAAACCUUGCCAGAUUUAAAGGCUCAGGACAAGAAAUAUGUAUUCCGCAACCGCACGAACAACUCCACCAUCUACCGCAAACCCAACAUCUUCACCGACCCUUUCUUCGUGGUGGAAACUCUAUGCAUCAUCUGGUUUUCGUUCGAGCUGGUGGUACGCUUCAUCGCCUGCCCGAGCAAGGCUGAGUUCUUCAAGAACAUCAUGAAUUUCAUAGACAUAGUGGCCAUCAUCCCUUACUUCAUCACUCUGGGCACAGAGAUGGCUGAGCAGAAGGGGCCUCCCAAAGGAGAACAGGCUACCUCUCUGGCCAUCCUGAGGGUCAUCCGACUGGUAAGAGUCUUUCGCAUCUUCAAACUCUCCAGGCACUCUAAGGGACUCCAGAUUCUGGGACAGACUCUCAAAGCCAGCAUGAGGGAGUUAGGUUUGCUUAUCUUUUUCCUUUUCAUUGGGGUGAUCUUGUUCUCCAGCGCAGUGUACUUUGCUGAAGCUGAGGAAAAUGGGACUCAUUUCGACAGCAUCCCCGAUGCUUUCUGGUGGGCAGUGGUAUCCAUGACCACUGUGGGAUAUGGUGACAUGUACCCUGUGUCAAUUGGAGGCAAAAUCGUGGGCUCCUUGUGUGCCAUUGCUGGUGUGCUGACAAUUGCCCUGCCUGUACCUGUCAUUGUGUCCAACUUCAACUACUUCUACCACCGAGAAACAGAAGGGGAGGAACAGGCUCAGUUACUUAAAGUUAGCUCUCCUAACUUAGCCUCUGACUCUGACCUGAGUCGCCGUAGCUCCUCCACCAUCAGCAAAUCCGAGUAUAUGGAAAUUGAAGAGGAUGUGAAUAAUAGCAUAGACAAUUUUAGGGAGGCAACCCUCAGAACUGGAAACUACACCUUAGCCAACCAAAACUGUGUCAAUAAAACCAAGCUACUGACAGAUGUUUAGGCUACGUUAGGGAAGGGGAAAAAACAACAACAACAACAAUACAACACAAAAAACGAAACCACGUUGGUAGCUUUGGAGAAGUUAAAGGGGGGGAUUGAGUGGCCCCUCUUUGCAGAUGCUUGGCGAAUAUGUCGUUUGAAUGCUUUACCUCGAAAUAAUGUGGUUGCAUUGCAAAUUUUGCUCAGCGGCUCAAGAAGCUUUCAGGAUCCAUGAACGAGAUUCACAAUUUUUUGGGAGAUAUUAUUAUUAUUAUUAUUUUUGGUGCAGGAGGGGGAAGGAAUUUCGUUUCCAAAAGUUAUUUUCCGGUGGGUAUGAAUAGUUAAUGAUCAUUCCUGGGACUAGUCUAGUUAUAAAUAAGUAUCAUAUGCUUCUAGCCCUAGAAUUCUUUUCUUUUCUUUUUUUUUUUUUUUUGUGUUGUUUUUUUUUUGGGGGGGGGGUUCGUUCGCUUACUUUUUAAACAAUCAACUUGAGAGGACUUUUACAAAUAUGCAUGGAAUACAGGAAAAAAGUUUCUAUUUAAAAAAAACAAAAAAAACCAAAACCUGCACAAUGCAUCCGAGAACAUGCAUCCAAUCUAUAUUCAGCAGUAAUAAAAGUGCAGUAGAUAUUUUCCCACUGCUUAGGAGGACUGAUUUAAUCUAGUCCCUUUGGCAAAAAAAGGGGUUGGCAGGUCCGGGUAGACAGAUUUACCCACAGCACUUUACGAAAAUAUUGCCAGGUCAUUCUGGGUUUGUGGUACACCCUUCUGAGGCAUACCCAUCCCAGGG